GAUUACGCGAGUGAAACAAUGACAGGUCAAGACGUGUUAAGCAGUCGAGCGAAGUUAGUUGCAAGUUAAUAAGGUGCAUUGUUUGUUUACGAAUAUUAAAAUUAAUAAAAUUCUGUCUUCAAAGUGAAUGAAUACUUAUUUUAAGAGUUACUUUUAUUUGUGUUUUAUACAAAUCACAAGAUACCUACUAUCUACUUAACUUUCUGUGGGAUGGUUUUUCAAUGAUGGACGUGUUAGUUACAUGGAAAGAUGGCACUCAAAAUGUUGUACACACACGGGAAUUAUUUCCAAUCAGAAAAGGUCAGAAGAUAACACUUGGUACAAAGGUGAAAAUGUUGUAUGAACGAAAAUGGUGGUAUGGUACAGUAACUGUUGUCGAAGCAAAAGAAUACUCUUCGUCUGAAGACGAACCACUUUCAACUUAUGUUCCUGCAAACCGUGUGCAAAAUUGCUGCGAGUACAUUAACUGUCAUAAUCCUAUUUUGACUACUUGUACGGAAUGUGCUUGUUUCUUGUGCGCUGAACAUUACCAAGAAGAUGCUUCCUGCUCUAAUCAUAUUUUAGUUAGCAAUAACAUAUCCACAUCAAAAAAUCAGGAUACCAGUGUUAGGUUUUCACUUAAUUAAUUUUCUAAGAGUAUAGUUUCUGUUUAAGCAAUUGACAUUUUAUUGGUAAAUUAACUUAAUUAGAAUGGCACAACACUACAGUAAGAGAGGGGAUGUGGUCAGUUGCACGAAGCAAAGGGCAUAAAGUGGCAGACAGCCGUGGGAGACGGUUGGGUUAGUGACGAAACAUAGAUUAAGACCAAAUAAAUGUAUAAUAUAUAGAGUUUAAACUAAAGCCUCAGGACGAAUAAAAGUGUAAGCAGUAAUCGGAGAGUCUUUUAUUAUACUUCAGAAGUGGUAAGUACCCGUUUCUUUUAUUAUACCUGUAAGUAUAUGUUCUGAUGAAAAAAAAAGUUUUAUUGUAAACAAUUUUAUUGACUCGUUUAUGAUUAAAUGGUCCUAGGCUUUAACCCGUUGAGUACCGGGGGAACCAAUUCAUACAGCUAUACCGCGCUGUUAUUUUCGUCUUACUCUUAAUAAAUAUAGAACGACAGUAUAUUUUCAAUUAGAAACUAUUUUAUUCAAUUCUGAACGAAGUAAAAAGUAUUCUCAAGUAUUAAGCUCACUCGGUUACAUAGACAAAAUUAAAAAAAAAAUUGGCAUUCACUUUCGCGUUGUUGGUGAUGUUAGUUGCGAAUUGUUUUCUUUUUGUAUUUAUGAUUUUUGUUGGAUUUUCUUUCAAAAACUGGUAAAAAAAAAAUGUUAAUUAUUUUUGCUAGAUAAUGUUUUAGAAUGAUUUAAGUUACAACAACAGAAAAUUUUUGUGUUUCAAUUGAUAAAAAAAAAAGAUAAACAAAACACCAACAUACGCCAACAAUUUAUAACGGUCAAAAUUUCAAAUAGAUCUACCUUCUGAGAUAUUUAGCCUUUUAUAGAUAGUUUAUUGCGUGUAUAUUCAUAAAAAUAUUAUUUCAAAAUGUUUUAUCUAUAUAACUGUAUAUAAAAAAAUAAAGAAGACGCUGUAAUAUUUUCACAAAAAGGUUUUGAAAAUGAGGUUACAAGGAGGCUCGCGCAAACUGUCUCCUGUAGAAUUUUUAGCAAAUGUUUGCGGAUAAAGAAGUAGAACUAUUUUAAUGAUUACAUACAUCAUUUCGGUUCAUUUUAAGAAGAGCGUGUUAUACAGAUUAUGAUGACAUAAAAAUAAAAUAAAAUCAUACGCUUUUUCAUUCCUAAAACCAAAUUUAUUGGCAGUAAAUACACUUUUUCAAGAUCCCUUAGAAACAAAGAGCUGUACAAAACUAAAUAAACAUCCAAAUGUUAUUGUUAUUGUUUCUACUUAUCGACAAUCUUAUCAGCUUUAAAGAACUGUAACUUAAACCUUUUGUAACAUAAGGGAACAGUCGUGAAUAACAUUAAAUGUUUUAAACAAAUGCCGUGCGACAAAGCCGUUUUUGUUAGCAGGUUUUAAAUUAUGUUAUUAUUUGUUCAUUUGUUUUACUUAUUUCGGUAAUUAUUGGGUUCUCCUUUUAUUUUUAUGCUUUCUUGCUGGUUCUUACCAGGACAGAAGUUUUACUUCAAACCAGUGGUAGUUAAACAAAGAGGACAUUAUUGUACUUCUUCUUAUGGUAACGUAUUAAUAAAGUAAAUUAGUUAUUAAUAAAAUUAAAAAAGUGUAGGUCAAAUGUGACAAUGGCGCUACCUAACGUGUUAUGCCAAUCCAAUUAAGACUACCCAAUGCUAGAUACCGCUGCGAUGCUGGGAUAAAAGGAGUAACAAAAAUUUUGUUAAUUUUUAGAUAACAUAGGCCGUUUUCGAGAUACCUACUUAAGAAAAGUUUCAAGUCAUUGAAUGUAUUCAUAGUUGCUUUUGUUUGUGAGUUGCAGAAAAAAAUGCAGAGGGAAGAUAAAUCGCAACCUCGUCGUCUGGAGACUCCAGAUCGUGGGGAGUCCCGACAACGAAGGGAUGAUGAUAGGACCAGAAGCAGACGUAGCCGCACCCGCUGUGACAGUAUUAGGAGUUUUAACGAACGUGAGCGACUCCGUGUAGUAGAACGAGACCUCGCUUGCGAACGGGACCGGCUACACAAUCUCCAGAACGACCUGAUUAUGGAACGUAGUAGGAGGCUACGCAGUGUGAGUAAAAAUAACGAUUUCGAACGUCAUGAUUCCCAUAUUUCUGGGCGUGAUACAAGUACUGGACGUAAUGUUCGUUCUAGAAGUAGGGCACUUGACCAAGGGGUGGAUGACCGUCCCAAAAGAAGGCGAAUUCUAGAACAAGGCCAACGAUCUUUCAGUCCCUCGUUCUCAACUAAAGAUGUAACUAAUAUUCUUAAAUCACUUAAAGACUUACAGUCACAGCCGUCGACGUCCGCCCCGGUUGCACCUAUUAAUUCAAGUAGCUAUAAAAAUAUUUUACCUGAUUUUGAUCCAACGUCGAAAAAUCAACGAAUAGAUAUGUGGUUAAAAAAAGUAAAUGAAUGUGCAACAGUCUACGGCUGGGACGACAAAACAACAAUCCAUUACGCCAUGCAAAAGCUCCAGGGUUUGGCCAAGACCUGGUACGAGAGUUUACCUUCAAUUCUUUUUAAUUGGAAUGAGUGGCAAGAUAGGUUAAUAAAUGCUUUUCCAUAUGAAUAUAACUAUGGCCAAGCUCUGGAAGAUAUGUUGAAACGAAAGAGCAAGUUUAACGAACCUAUUGAAGUGUAUUAUUAUGAGAAAUUGGCACUUUUGAACCAAUGUGACAUCGAAGGAAAGCGCGCUGUCGAUUGCAUUAUACACGGGUUAACGGACAAAACUAUUAAAUCAAGUGCUACCACAUUACGUUGUUUACAACCGGAACAGUUGCUCCGAUUUUUAAUGAGUAAUAAAGAACUCAAUCAACCUUUUGAACGAACUUAUAACAACUUUAGGUCUGGUGUAAAUACAGAUGUUAUUAGCGUUAAUAAUAAUAAUAGAUUAACAAAUAAAAAUAACCUUAUCCAAAAUAAUAAUAUAUAUUGUUAUAACUGCAAGGAAAAGGGUCAUCCAUUCUUAAAAUGCCCCAAGCCUAUUAUAAAGUGCGGUAAAUGCGAUAGAAUGGGCCAUAAAACAGAAAAUUGUUUCGCUGUUAUUAAUGCCAAUGAGCGGCCCUGUUCAUAAAACCUUGCGUAUAUCAAACUCAAACCCAAAUUCUAAGUUUAUUAUAGUUCGUCAAGAAACUCGAGAAAUAAACGAUCUAGCCACCAUAAGAAAAAAAAAAGAAAUUAAAGACUCUAUUGAUACUC